AUGAAAGAAAUUUUCGAUAAUUAUAAACAUCUUGAUGUUUAUUUUCUUAGUAAACAACUUGAAUCACGUUAUUAUGGUUAUAAAUUAUAUUUUGACUCAGGCGUUGAUUUAGAUGAAGAAUUUAUUAAAAAAAUAGAUGCUUCAAUAAAAUUUUUGGUUAGAAACUCUGAUAUUUACGCAGAUUCUUCAACUGAAGCAAGCUUAUUUAGCGUAAGCAUCCAACGUUUUUACGACGAUGAAAUAUUUAUGAGUAAAUGGAAAACCUUUAAAGAAAACAUUAAAAAUUCUCCGGCAGAAACUUUAAAUUGUUUGGGACUUGCAUUGUAUCAAUGCGUAGCCGAAAAAAAAUUUAAAGAUAGCACUAUUAACUCGGUAUGCUUACCGAAAUUAGAGGUCAAAGUAUUUGAUUAUGAGUCAGGCGAGUCUAUUGAUGAUUUACCAGAAUUAUGUGACAAAUUGUUGGAAAUACACGGUCGAGUUACGAAAAUUAAGCAACCUAAGUAUCAAAUUGAGUGGUUACUAUUCUUAUGUACUCGCUGUUUUAGGAUAGAAACAGUCAAACAGGUAAACGGAGACUAUACGCCUCCAAGAAGAUGUCAGAAUUGUGGCAAGCGUAAAUUUAAAGCUCAAAGAGACUCGCCUUUUACUAAAUCAAUAGCUUUACAAUAUAUUCAAUUGGAGUAUUUAGCUCCUAUUGAGGAUGAUCAUGGUAAUAGUCAGACAUUGAAGAUGCUGGAUGUUAAAUUAUUGGGUGAUUUGGUUAAUACUUGUUCACUUACUGACAAUGUAAAAAUUGUUGGAGUACUCAAAACUUUCAAAAAAUACAAGGGAGAAUUGUUGGCUACCAAAUCACUUUACUUGGAAGCGGUGUCAGUAAUUAAAACUCCACAGCCUGAUACAGCUUUCGUUUUAGAAUUAAAUGAAGAUGAUAAUAGUAUCAUCGAUAAAAUUCGAGGAGAACCUGAUAUAUUUUCGUCAUUAGUAAAAUUAUUUUGCCCUGAAAUUUACGGACAUGAUAUGGUUAAAGCUGGUUUGCUAUUAAGUUUAUUGGGAGGAAGCGAAAGUGAAGAAAUAAAAGGCGAUAUUAACGUUCUUCUUUUUGGCGAUUCGGGAGUUGGUAAGUCAGUGUUAGGUAGAACUUGUGCCCAGGUUGCACCCAAAGGUGUCUAUGUUAACUUGACGCACAAUACUUUGUUGGGGGUUAAAGUAAAGCCAGCAAAGAAGAAACAAAAAGAGCCUACUCUUGAAUCAGGAGCACUGGUGUUGGCUGAUGGAGGCUCUUGUGUGAUUGAUAAGUUAAGAAAAUUAUCAUUAAAACAGUCUCAGGACCUCUUUGAAGUCAUGGAAGAUCAGAGUUUGUAUGUACAGAGAUUCGGGAUUAAUCGGUCGAUUGCUGUAAAAACGUCGAUUGUUGUUGCAUCUCAGCCUAUAGAUGGUAAAUAUAAUUACAUGAAGACAUUUGAGAAGAACUUGAAUAUUAAUAAAGUCAUUUUAUCGAGGUUCGAUUUGAUAUUUUUGAUGUUAGAUCAUCCAGGUCCGAGUUUUGAAGCUUUGAAAGCUACUCAAAUUUUAAAUGGCAAAAGAUCAAUAAAUGAUCAAGAUCAAUUUUUAGCUGAAAAAAAAUCAGUUAGUCUAGAGUUGAUUUCUAAAGUAACAUUGCAGAAAUAUAUUGCGUAUGCUAGGCAGAUUAAAGCUCAAUUGUCCGAAGCUUCUGCUAUAGUUUUAAAAAAUUACUUUGUUGAGAAUAAACAGAAGAAUUACUUCCAUGAAUUGCUUUGUCAUAAUAAACAUUUUGAAAGCUUAAUACGUCUUACUCAGGCAAGAGCUAAAUCGGAACUACGCGAAGAAGCUACUGUACACGAUGCAGAAGAAGUCAUUAAGAUACAUAAAUUUACAAUAGAAACUUUGAAAAAAGUUAUUUUAUCGUCGCGAUCAAAAGACCGAUACCAAAAAUCACCAAGUGAGGAUAUUCGGCUGUACUUUAAAAAAAUAAUUAAAUGUGAUAAUCCUCAAACAGAACAAUGA